GAUAGUAGUAUCAGUUUUGUCAUUAAUAGGGUUGUGAGUCUGAGUCUGAGUCUUACCUUCUCUCUGUCUGUUUUGUUUCUCUCUCUCUUUCUCUAACAGCAUAUAUACAUAUUUACUCAGCUUUGCCCGCCAACCACUUCAUUGCUACGUACUUCCUUCUUACUUUGACUCACUUCUCUAAUUCUCCUUCCAGUUAUUAUUCCAUGAUGCCAUCCUCACCUGAGAAGACGACGACUGCAACUAUUCCGGCGCCGAACGCCAACGGCGGACCACCUCCUCCUCCGACUCACGACGAGGUCGUCAAGAAUCCAUCUCUCUUCUUCACCACCCUCCAUAGCUUCCACUCCUCCCGAGGCUCCAAAUUCCUGAUUCCUCCUGUGAUCGGGGGCAAGGAGCUGAAUCUUCAUGUACUGUAUGUGGAAGUGACUAAACGAGGGGGCUACAACAAGGUUGUGAUGGAGAAGAAAUGGAGAGAAAUAAGCAAAGUGUUGGAGCUGUCUCCCACAACCACAAGUGCUUCCUACGCUCUCAGGAAGCAUUAUCUCACUCUUCUCUAUGCCUACGAACACCAUCUCUGCUACAAAUCCCAACCCCAUUCUCUUUCUCAUUCUGCAGAGCAUUCUUUCCAAGCUUCAGGGACUAUCCAUGGCAAAUUCGAGUACGGCUACCUCGUCUCGGUCCAGCUCGAAAACGACGAGACUCUGACCGGCGUGCUCUACCACCCGGGCGCAUCGAUGCCGAGCCCUAAUCAGCUGAGCAAUGCCGGAGUGCCGUGCUGGAAGCCUAAUCAGGGCAGUCGACAUUCAAGAAGAAGAAAGGGAGGCGACCCAGAUCGCCCGAAGCCCAACAGGAGUGGCUACAACUUCUACUUUGCCGAGAAGCAUUCUUCGCUCAAAUCUGAGUACCCGAACAGGGAGAGGGAGUUCACGAAGAUGAUCGGGCAAUCCUGGAACAAUCUCACCCCUCAAGAAAGGGAGGUGUAUCAAGAGUUUGGGGUGAAGGACAAGGAGAGGUACCAGAGGGAAAUGAAGGAGUACAAGGAGAAACAGAGUAUGAAGCAACAGAACAAUAAUUGAUGUCUUGAUGAUCAUCGAGGGAAAGUCGAAAAGAAAAGAUCGAUCGAUGGGGUUAAACAACUAGACAGCCAUGGCUUGCUUUCUUCCUUCUUCUUCUAAAGAAGAGUUUUUAUUUUUUGUUUCUUCGUUUUUUCUUUCUUCGAAUGCUUUGGUUCGCAUAAACUACCGUUUUUCUAUGUUAUUAUUGGCUCUCGAACAAACCUAAGACAGAGUAUUAGUACUAAAACGAUAUGCAUCGAUGAAUGAA